AUGGAACAAAUCGCGAAGCAGCGCACGAGAGUUCCAUCGCAUCYCAGACAGUUCCACCAUCAUACGGAUUGCAGCAAGUCGAAUGGCCCUCGUACACCACAACAAACGACUUGCAAGCCCCAAACCAGCCCACCCCGAUUCAGGCUGAGCCUACGAUCUGCUCUCAAGGAUAUUAUUUCCAAGGAUUUUCACAGCCUCGCGCUGCACGCCAAACCAGACAAGCCACCCAUGGUAUCCCAGCCACGUCCAGAUCCUGUUCGGAUGAAGGACUCCGACGACUACUUGACCGAAAGAGCCGCAAACCCACGCACUGGCCUCAUCUCACCAUCACUUGUGUCAAGCACUCCGUGUAGAGCAAAUACGCCCGAUACUCCUGGUGAUGCGCUGAAGUUGCUCCGCCACGAGCACGACCAUUCCUCGCCCACUCCCGCACCGAAAAGACUGUUGUACAGCACGGCGAAUGAGGGAAGAGAGAUCAGUAGUGGCAGCGGUCUGGCAUACGGCGAGCAAGAUGAGCAAUACGAGGAGCGAAGGGCAGGCACACCAUGUACGCUGCCUGAGGACCGUUUGGUCGUGCACAUGCCUUCGGCCAAGGAACCGCAGCCUUUUGCGUACCCGGGAUAUUCAUCUGAGCAAAUCGAGGCUUUUGAGCACUACAAACACAAGGCACGGCGCGYUUCUAGUGAGGGCUACGAUCGUCGCUUUUUACAGAACCAUCGCAAUGCGCCUUCGUACAGCGCUACCGACGCGAACCACGAGCAUUGCCCCGAGAAGAAUGAUGUCUAUUCCUCGUGUUCUCGCCAAGUUCGUUACUUCCAACCGUACAACGGCGUGCCCGACCGGCCACAAUCGCAGUUGGUAGUUCGAAAGCGGAACGUUGUCAAGCCCGUGUGCCAAGCAGGCGAAGCCGUUGCAGCUUUUGCAGAUCAAUCUGGGCGUGCUCAGUGGGGCGCUGAAGUACCUGAUAGUACAUCCACGUCAGCCAUGACACACGAUCUGAAGUUCAAUAAGUGUUCAGUUGAGAGCCAUGGAUCGUUCAUGCCCGCACCGAGCGUUUGCGAUCUUACCAAGCCCGCACAACAGCCCCACAUAGCUCCUGAGAAGAUCUCCAAGCAAUCGUGCAUGGCGCCCAGAAGGGGAAGCGCUCAUCAAGACGUUGCCAAGGGCAAUCAUGUCGACAAUCAUAAUGCUUCCAACGCGCGUUCACAAGCGGAUCCAACGGGUUUGGACAUGACCGACCUUCGCACGCUGCCUUGUGUCACAUUGGUACGGCCUGAGUAUGCUGCUUUACCGGGCUUGCGCGGACAGCCGUCAACAUGCGAGAGUGUCAGGAGUUGCUCCCUAGGAUGUCGCCGGGACGUGAGGAGCGGACAAUGCCUGGAGCAGCGAAAGGUUUCGCUCCCAGUAAGUGCGAGCCAUCUGACGACUGCAGAGCUGCCAAGUCCUAACAACGACACUGGACAAGGAUCUGUCGACAAAGCCGAAGAAAUACUUGUGGGCAUCUUGAGCUGGUCGUUGUGCUAUAUUAAAAGCAUACAGGUGCCGCAGAGUGACUUGAUAGAAACUCUUCGUUCUUCAAGUGCCACAGUGCGGGAGAAAGCCGAUGCGUUAAAGGCUGCCUUGUCAUUAGCUGGACACGUACUUGCGGUGGGAACGGCGCUGGCUAUGAUCUGGCAGUUGAGCGCUGCUGUGAUACAGUUGUUACAGAUCGCUCUCUGGCCUUUGGCGGUCCCUUUUCGGAUAUUGAGGUGGCUUCUGGGUGCAGCUUAG